UUGACUUUAACCAGGGUCUCGGUCUUAAUACUGUACUUCUUCCUUUUCUCGAAAGAAAUAAAGAAAGAAAGGAAAAAAAAAAAAAAAAAAGAAUCUUAAUAUGGGUAGCAUUGGUGAGGAAGAACACUUUGAUCAAAUGAUUCGAGACUACUAUGAAUCAGAAUCAAACACACCCAAUAAUAUUCCACCCAUCAUGAUGAUUUCUUCUAGACCUCAAUCCAUUUUGCAGGAUAUUCUUUUGGAGGCUACUGAUUUUGAGAAACAGGUUCGUGAAAGAGUUUUGAUGUACAUUAGAAAUAUGGGAGAACCCAAUGUUCUCAAGAAAUGGGUGGUGAUGAGAUUGCAAAUGGAUGGCUAUAAAGCUUCUCUUUGUAAAACUUCUUGGGUUUCCACUUUUGGUAGCUCUAAAGUAUUUCAGUAUGUGGGAGAUUACGAGUACAUAGAAGUGAUGAUGAACAAUAAAAGUGGCAAGCCAACAAGAAUUAUAGUAGAUAUGGAAUUCAGGUCUCAGUUUGAGGUGGCAAGGCCUACACAGACCUAUAAAGAACUCAUCACAACUCUUCCUUCAAUCUUUGUUGCCACUGAAGUUACACUUAACAAGAUAAUCUCUCUCGUAUGUUCAGCUGCAAAAGAAUCACUUAAAGAAAAGGGUCUCCAUAUUCCUCCAUGGAGAAAAGCUAAGUACAUGCAAUUAAAAUGGUUCUCCAAGAACUGCAAAAAAGUCUCUGUCUCCCCCAACACUGAAAUGGGUUUGCAGGAAAGUUUAGAGAAAGGUACCAUUACUACUUCUACUGCUACUACUACAUGUUGUCCUUCCAUAUUUCAGCUGAGGGGCAACUGCAAUUAGAGAACAGAGAUAGAGAAAGAGAUUACGGGUUCUGGGCAGUCCAAGGCCAAUUUUGGUAUGAUAAAUUUUUAUGUAUAUGUUUGGAGUUUUUGUUUGUUUAGAUACAAUUUUCCUCCUUUUUUGUUCCCUUUAAUGCUCUUUUGAUUUAAUAAUCUCUCUCUUAAUUCUGUGUCUUUAA